CCUGCGGGGCAGCCGGGCGGGUUCUGGACGGUGGAGUAUUAUGCGCAGUAUUUCAAUGUCGAUACGAAUGAUGUCCUCCAACGCAUGCUAGGAACCCUCCUCCCCAAUAUCUCCUUCACCGACCUCAUCGGCACCAACCCGGACCUGUACGGCCCCUUCUGGAUCGCCACCACCGUCAUCUUCUCCAUCUUCAUCGCCUCCUCCGUCGCCGGCUCGCUCAACGCCCUGCUGCGGAACGGGACCUACACCCCCGAUAUGACGAUCUUGAGCGUGGCGGUGACUACCGUUUAUGUGUUUGUGACCGCGUUGCCGUUGGCGGUUUGGGGGGUUUUGAGGUAUUAUAAGGGCCCGGCGAGUCUUCUGCAGAUGAUUGAUGCGUGGGGGUAUGCGUUGACGGUGUGGAUUCCGGUUUCGCUCCUGUGCAUCAUCCCCUUCGACAUCGUCCGCUGGGUCCUCGUUGUCCUCGCCUUCGCCAGCUCAUUCUUCUUCAAAAUCCGCACCCUCCGCCCCCUCGUCUCACAAACAAGCAACGCCAGCGUCGCGCAAACAACGAUCCUCGGCAUCCUGCUCGUCACCGACCUGGGUCUCGCGUUGCUGUUCAAGUUUUACUUUUACACGUUUGAUGUUACCUCCCCGGGCAGUGGGGCGGGGGCGGGGAAGGGGACGACUAAUGCGACGAGUUUUGAGGUGGGAGUAAGGGGAUUGAGCGUGGGGUUGGGUGGGUCUGAAUGA